AGUAAGCGUCAAGUAAAGUUUAAGCAGCGAAAUAGGGGCAGUAUCAAGUUUAGGUCUCGCAGGGAGACUGGGGACAGAUAGCUGCAGAGCAGUUGAAGAUAAUUUAACCUCAUUUAAAAAUGUGUAGCUGUGAACGCAAGCUGUAGCAGACUGAUUGGGUGGUAAAGGUCACAGGUUUAGAAGGUGCUGUUGAAGGAGCAUUGGUGAGUUGUUACAGUAUACACUACUGCCACUUGAGCAUCACGGAUGGAGGGAGUGAAUGGUUAAAGUUGGUGGACGGUGUGCCAAUCAAGUGGGCUGCUUCACCCAGGAAGAAUUCCUUCCUGAGUGUUGUUGGGGCUGUACCCAUCAGACAAUUGGAGAGUGUCCUGUCACACUCCUGAAUUAUACAAGCCCUUUGACAUCUAAAGCUGGAGCUACCCUAAGAUUUGACUCUUUAAUUGAUGAGUGCAUCUAACAAGCAGCCCUUCUGUGUGCACUGAGCUUAAAUUGGCUGAAUCUCCAUCUUUUACGCUGACAGCUUCUGAAACUCCUAACAAUGAAACCACACUCUUUGCCUAAACCUCCACCCAAGAAGCUGUGCCCUGCAGAACAACCCUAGACAGUAAACUGUCUGCUGAAAAUCCAACGGUGAAUUUCAUUUAUAAUUAACAGAAGGGUCACAUGAGACUAUUACAUCACACCUCUCCCACAAACCAGAAGUGUUAACGGCCAACCCAGUCCAAGUUUAACAUCAGAAACUAGAAGAUAGCAAAGAAAACAAAAUCUCUGUAUGACCACCCCUGAUAAUCACAUAACUUUUGUAUUCAAAGUAAAUCACUUUAAAAAAAUAUAGAAAAUAUUUUCUGUCAAUCUGAUUAUUCCUGCUCUCAGGAUAUCAGUAAUCAAGUCAAGACUAGUGUAAAAUUCAUUCUUUUUAAAAAAACACUACAAAUGAUUUGAAAUUUUAAAAUUUUCAUACCUCUGUCAAAAUUACUUUAUGGGAAAAUUAGUUACCAUUCAGUUUUAUUUGGCAUUCCUAUGUUAGGGUUCAGGUUGUGCUGAUGUAUCUGAUUUUGUACAAGUCCAUUUGUCUUGCAAGAAACUCCAUCAGUCUUCUGUACCCUCACAGUUCCUCAAGUCAAUAAAUUUGUAGGGACACUGAAGAUUCAAAAAUGAGUUUGGGAAAGUUGCCAGUCUUCAAGAACCUGGUCUCCAACUCUCAUGGCAAGCGUAGGUUCAAGUCCGAGCUGACCCCUGACAUGAUUAGCUCACCAUUGGGUGAUUUCCGGCACACCAUGCAUGUAGGCCGGGGUGGAGAUGUGUUUGGUGACACCUCCUUCCUCAGUGACCAUGGAGGGGAGAAGGCGCGCGAGACUGCGAAGUCCAACCCACUCGUCCGAGCACUAAGGAAUGUGAGGAAGCCACCAAUGAGGAGCCGCAACAGUAGCCGAGAGAUGUCACCUCCACCAGCAGUGUCCCCAAUUAUUAAGAAUGCUGUUUCCUUGCCACAUCUGUUAGAGACAAAGAAUGGGUCAGUGGAGCGACUGAAUUUCAAAAGCAUGAUGUCAAGUCCAGGAGUGAUGGAUGGAUCAUACGGGUUGGAAUCGGGAUUCUGCACCCUUCCGAGGUGGUCCAGGCUGGACAAGCCGAAAGACAGCCCCGUCGCAGCAGAAUCGGAGAAACGGAUGGACAACCUGGACACCACGGACCUUGAGUUUCCCCGCACUGACUCCUUGCUGUCCUUCAGCCUGGAUCUGGGGCCCUCUCUGAUGGCCGAGGUACUGGGGGUCAUGGCCACGGAGAGCCCCGACAGCUCGGGAAACGCCGCGUCUCCGGUGAGGUUUGACCUGGGAGGCUCUUUGGACCAGACGGGCCCUCAGGGAAACGACAGCCCUCACGGAAGGGGUCACCAGGGAGAGAGGGGUCUGUCAGCCGCGGCACUGAGAGGACCUUACCAGCAGAAGGGCGGUGUAGACUCGCAUCCCAAGGAUCCGGAUGGCCUGAGGGGGCCGCAGAACUCUUCUUCAGAGCGACACGUCCUCCGGCAUUGCGGUGGCUCCAUCAGUUAUCUGGAUUCAAACGAGCUUAGCGGCACGAGGGGCGAAGUCGUCGGCAGCAGCCUCCGAGCGGGAGCACGGCAGCAGCUCGCGCCGAAGGGGACGGUUAGCGCACGUGAGGGCAGCCAGCCAAUGGGCAGCGGCGCCCCGCGCGCCGCCAGCCGCCAUUUUGCCGCUUUGCCGCCCGUUGAAUCGUGUUGUUACCGGGCCGCCGAGAGUGUGGACAGCAGCAGCAGCAGCAGCCCGGGGAGCUGGAGAAAGCUGUCACCGUCGUCGAGGCAACGUGUCCCAGCGGACGGCGAGGAGAGAGGUGAGGCGUACGGGGAGGAAUACAGAGACAAGCGCCUGUCCCCGGCUCAGGGAAUGGCCUUCAGCCCCCUGAAGACUGAGGCCUUUGCCUUUGCGGACGAAGAUGAUGAGAUCCGGGUUUAAUUUCUCGGCUCUGGCAAUAGAGGUUCUACUAUCCAUCCAUUAUUACCGUGGAUGGUCAUAUUCUUAAAUGGGCAUAUUUCCUUUACACAUGACGUGGAGGUGCCGGUGUUGGGACGGGGGUGGACAAAAGCAGAAGUCCCACUACAACAGGUUAUAGCCCAAAGGGUUUGUUUGAAAUCACGAGAUUUCUAAGCGCUGCUCCUUCGUAAGGUGAAGUACUCCUUCCCUGACCAAGGAGCAGGGCAUCGAAAGUUUGUGAUUUCAAAUAAACCUGUUGGACUAUAACCUCGGCCCUGCAACUUCUGCCUUUACAGAUCAUAGUGACGACACCUUAAAAGUCAUCCUCAAAUUACAGGAAACCUCCAGAGAAGGUAGUGUGAAUCUGGAAUGGACUGCCUGGGAAGGUAGCAGAAGUGGGAAACCUAACAACCUUUAAAAGUGCUUGAAUGAGCACUUGUAAUAUCAAAACAUUCAAGGCAAUAGUUCUGGUGUGGGGAAAAUGAGAUUAGUGUGGACUUAGUGUAUUUUUGGUGAAACAGAUUUAAUGGGCCGAAGGUGUCUUCAGUAGUAUCUGAUUCUGUGAAUGCCAAAAUACAACCUUUAAACAUGACUGUAUCACAAGGUAUUAGUUGUUGAGAGGAUUUCCAGAUGUGAUAAAUGAGUUUGCCAUUGACCGGAAACUGAACGUUCAUUUAAAGAUGGUGGCAACAAGAGCAGGCUACAGGUGGGAAUUCUGCAGUACGUAACUCACCUCCUGUUUUCCAGAGCCUGUCUACAAGGCACAAGUCAGGACUGUGAUGGAAUAGCCCCCACUUGCUUGGAUGAGUGCAGCUCCAACAACACUCAAGAAGCUCAACACCAUCCAGGAUAAAGCAGCCCACCUGACCACAUCCACCGCCUUCAGUAUUAACUCCCUUUACCAUCGAUCCCCAAUAGCAGCAGUGUGUACUAUCUACAAGGUGUGCUACAGCAAUUCACCAAAGAUCUUCAGACAGCACCUUCCAAACCCGCAGCCACUCCUGUGCAGAUAGACAGGAGCAGCAGAUAUAUGGGAACACCACCCCUGCAAGUUCCCCUCCGAGCUAUUCACUGACUCGGAACUAUAUUGCUGUACCUUCACUGUCGCUGGUUCAAAAUCCUGGAAUCCCCUCUGUAAGGACAUUGCGUGUAUACCUACAGCACAUGGACUGCAGUGGUUCAUCUACCGAGUCCAUUCAUCCUUGUGGAACCACCUCAAAAAGCUCAUCCCUUAAUCAUUAGAUGAGGGACUACAGCCUUUGGCUACAUGACUUAACCUUUCCUAUUUUACUGUCUUAAUCACAGUAUCAAUUUCUCUGUGCAACUCCGGCCAACCUAAAGUCUAUUACUUGCCUUGCCCCUAUAUAAUUACCUGUGGUACCACUACCCAUGACUCAGCAUAACACGAGCUUUUAAUACAUGCUGGAUAUAAAGUCAGCGCCAUCUGGUGACCAAAACUAGCAACUUCUCUGUGACAAAUUUAGCAUCUGUGCAGGAGAAAACAGAGUUCCUCAGUUCUGAGGAAGAGUCAGUGGACCCAAAACGUUAAUACUGUUUUCUCCUGCACAGAUGCUGCCAGACCUGCUGAGCUUUUCCAGCAACUUUGUUUUUGUUCCUGAUUGACAGCAUCCACACUUCUUUUGGUUUUUAACUACUCUGUGACAGUUGACAUAGGAAAAUUAAAAGGAUGAUACUAGCAGAUGCGUAAUCAAAGAUUGUGACCUAGUAAGGUUUGUGGAAAGGAAGUUUGGCCCCAGUGUGAGAUGUUCAAUUCACUAUGUAUUUUCCUUUUUAAGUUUGAGUGUCAUUCUUCAAUGAUUGAGAUUGAAAAGAAUGUUCUAAUCAUUGUUCACUGGGCUCCUCCCAACAGCAGUAACUUGUCUCCUCUUGGACCUGUAACUUUUUAUAUCAGUGAUCCAAACAGUCUGAUAAUCACAGGCAGUAAGGGCUGUGCUGCAGCACUAGCACUCUGCCAGUUCAAUUUGCUACCUUCCAUCAAAAAUAACAAGAUCCCUAUCACCUUGAUGUCUAGUAUCUAUAAUUCUCUGUGUCUGUCUUUGGAUGCAUUGCAUGUCUAAUCUUGUCUCUCUUUUUUCUCUUCCACCUCUUAUGUCUACUCUCCUCUCCCUCUCUUCUUUGACUUACCCUCCUGGCUUUCAUUCCCUCGCUUUCUUCCCCUGUCUUCUCUUACAGUUCUCUGUCUUCCCUCUUUCCUGCUGUUUCUCUCUUUCUCUCUGUCUCUCCUUCCGUCUCCUCUCUUUCUCUUUCCCGCUGUCACUCCUUUUCCCCCAUCCUUCCCUUAGGCUUGUUCUCUCUCUUUCUUCCCCCAUUCUCCUCGUCUCCCUCUGCCCUUGCCCUCUCACUGUUCCCUCUCUGCUUGUCUCUUUUCUCUCCAUUUACUCUGUCUCUCUCCACUUGACCCGUCUGUCUCUGUCCUUGUCUCCCCCCCGUUUCUUGCCCCUCCUCUCCCUCUUCUUUACCACGCUCUCAUGGACACUGUGCCCAAGUUGACCGUCUCAACCACCCCCCGCCCCGCAGUCCCGCCAAGUAGGAGUGGGGGCAGUGUUGCCCGCAUUGCAAUUAUCAGCCUCUUGCCCCUAUAUUCAUAGUUGCCUGCAUACACCAAAAAUUCCUUUUAUCUGUUGCCUUGUCUGUCUGCCAAGAACACUUUUCCUUGCCAUCAUGGUCUUAUCAUCGAGUCUCUAUCUGUGUGAGAGAAUAGAGGAGUUUGUUUUAGAGUGGAUCCAGGUUCUCACCUGAAGUCACUCCCACCUUUGAGAUCAUUGUUUUGAAAUGCAUUAAAACGAAAAACUAUACUUUGGCAAGAUUGAGGAGAGAAAAAAUAUCCCGGAAAUCUGAAGUGGAACUGGAAAAGUUUCUAACAAGGAGGGUGGGUUCAACAACGUCUGAAGGGCAAGAGCAAGAAUUCAGGUGAUUUGGGGCAAUUGUCAUGCUUUCAGCCAAUAACAUGCACAUCCUAACUCCCCCCCCUGCUUCCCUCGGGGAAAAAAAAACAUGCCAAUAAGACUGCUAUGUAUUUCUGGCAUUUUCUGCAACCUACAAGGCCACUUGGUGCAAGGAAUUUUGAACAAGGUGUCUAUAAUGAUCAGAUUACAUUUCGCUUUUUCUGUUUUCAAAUUUGCCAUUGGAUCAAAGGAAGUUGAGACUUGUAGCAUGACUUGGUGCUGAAGGAGACCACUCAGCCUAUCUUGGCCAUUCCAGUUCUUCACUCGCAGCGUGUAAAAGUUCACUCAGGGAGUCUGAGUAACUGUGGCAACGGACACUUUUAUCUGCAUGAACGUGGUCAGGUGACAGUAGAGGUUUCAAUUUUCUCUCCCUCACACGGUCGACCAGGAAUCUCUCCUUACUGCCUGCUAGUGGCAAGUGUUUGAGGGAUUUUUGGGUUGACACAAAAUUGGUUUGGCUGCAUUUCCUUGUCCAUUAAGUCCUGAAGUGGGGCUCAAACCUUUUGUCCAGAGGCCACUUCUCAACAAGGUCUUCCUUGCCCUUUGGUAAAACUCUCUCUUUUUCCCUGCUGAUUUCCCAUUCUACUGUUAAUCUUUCCCUUCAAGAGUUUUUCCAUAUCCUUUUUUACAUUCUUAUUGAAUUUGCUUCCCAUACUUUCCAUGUCUGUACAUUCUGGAUUUUCUAUUUAUUCAUAGGUGUUGGUGUUGCUAGCUAGGUCACUAUUUAUUGCCUUUCCCUAACUGCUCCGUUUUCAGUUGUUACAAAACUCAAGAACAAAAACAGAAGUUGAUGGAAAAGCACAGCAGGUCUCACAGCAUCUAUGAAGAAAACAUCAGAGUUAACAUUUCAGGUCCUUUGACCCUUCCUCAGAAUUGAUGGUAGCUGGGAAAAUUUCUGCAUAUAAACCGAUAAUAGGGAGGAGGAUGGGGGAGGGAGUGAACAAUAGGAUAAAGAACAAGUCCAAAGAGAGAGAAGAGCAGUUGGAUAGACAACAGAGUUGGUAACAAUCUGGCUAGGAGGGUGCAUAGCUGUAGAUGGGGACUGUUAGCUAACAAUAGGUGCUAUGUAAUGGCAGGCUGUGUGAUAACAAGACCUGGUGUGUGGGGUAGUGGCCUAGUACAUGGGAGAGUAACAGUCUCCAUUAACAGCCAUUCACCCUCUGAGCCAGGUAGUUAUAAACUCCGUUGUCUAUUCAACUGCUCUUCUGUCUCUUUGGACUCUAUCCUUUAUCCUAUUGUUUACUUCCUACCCCACCCGCCUCCCUAUUUUCUGGAAAUAAACCUACAUUUUCCCAGCUACCAUCAGUUCUGAGGAAGGGCCACAAGAAUCGAAAUGUUAGCUCUGAUUUUUUUCUUCACAGAUGCUGCCAAACCUGCUGAGCUUUUCCAGCAACUUCUAUUUUUGUUCCUAAUUUACAGCAUCUGCAAUUCUUUCCGUUUUUCGGUUAUAAAACUCAAUUGGCUCACUGAUGCACUUUAGGGGAGGAAACCUGACAUCAUCCUUGGUCUGGCCCAUAUGUAACUCCAAACAGACAGCAAAGUAGUUGACUCUUAACCACCGUCUCAAAUAGCUUAGCAAGCUAAGAUCGAAGCCCAUUAGCGAUGGGCAAUAAAUGAUGGCUUUGCCAUUUACUGCCCAUAUCCCUUAAGCAAAACAAAAAUACUUCAUUGACUAUAAGGUGCAUUAGGAUGUGCUGAGGAUAAAUGGUGCUAUACAAAUUCCUGUUCUCCUUUACUGGUGAAGAAAGAAUUGAAACACUGAUGGGAAAGCUUAAACCUCAUUAAAACUCAGUUAAUGCUGAACCACGUAUAAACCACAAUACCAGAAUUUAGUCUGUGGACCCUUUGUUGAUUGUCAGUAGGGACUGGCUUAAUAUUGAGCUAUUAAUUAAUUACUUAGUGUUCCUCUCUGUACUGUUAUCUCCUUAAUACCUGUUCACAUGGAGACCUCGAAUAUCAUUGAAACAAUCAAAAGAGAUCCACAGGAGUGAUCCAGGGGCCUGAGUUCCAGAAGUGAGUUUAAAUUUCACUGCAGCUGAUAAAGUUUAGGUUAAAUUUCAAAAUUGUGGCAACCAUGAAUGAAGUAGAUUUUUGUAAAAAAAAACUCUCUGGUUCACUUUUCAUGCCUUUCAAGUGGGGAUAUCUGUUGACAUUAGCUGGCCAGACCUACCUGUAACAUCAAGAGCCUCAAGGACAUUUAAGUGCCUUCUGCAAAGGCCUGUUUAGUCUCUGUUUCAUUAAUCUAUUACAGGAAGCCUGUUCUGACACCACAUCGACUGCAUGUGUUUUUUGAGGGCAGUUAGGGAUUCACAACAAAUACCUGGCAUGCUGGUGCUGUUCACAUCCCUUCAAUGAAUAACAAUGAAACAUUAAGACAACAGGUCUCACAGCAUCUAUGAAGAAAACAUCAGAGUUAACAUUUCAUGUCCUUUGACCCUUCCUCAGAACUGAUUGUUUUUAAGGAAGGCAACAAGAGAUGUUUUAAGGAGCAAAUUCUCGAGUUUAAGCCCUAACAGCUGAAGGUGUGGCCACCAGUGGGAAGACACUAGCUGAUUUUUCUUUCCAUAAGAACAUAAAAACGUAAGAGCACAUAUAGGCUAUUUGGCCCUUUGAGCCUGCUGUGCUAUUCUGUUAGAUCAUGGUUGAUGUGAUUGCGGCCUCAACUCCACUUUCUUGCCUGUUCUCACAACCCUGGAGCCUCUUGUCAGUCAAAAAUCGAUCCAACUCGGCACUAGAUUCAACAGCUUCAAAUAUCUUCAAUGACCAGCCUCCAGUGCUUUCUGGGGCAGAGAAUUCCAAAUACCAAUAAUACUCUGACCUAAAUGGGAAAACCCUUAUUUUGAAACACUCUUGCCUAGUUCUAGACUGCCCAACAAAGGAAAACAUUGCUUCACAUCUCUCCUGUCAAAACCUCUCAGAAUCUUUAUGUUUCAAUACGAUCACCCCUGAUUCCUCUAAAUUCUGAGGAAUAUAGAUCGAACCUUUCAUUGUGGGGCAUCAUGUCAGUUAAAACAGCUUAUCACCUGGUAUUCCUGUGAGUUAUUCAUAACAGCAAGUGAUGAGUUGAAACACAAUCCCUUGUAGAUAUUUUCUUAUCAGCCUGUUAAGGCAUGUUAUGCUACCUCUGGAGCAGGUGGGAUUUGAACUCAGGUCUCCUGGCUUAGGGAUGGGGAUACUAACCACAGCUCAACAACAGCUGUCAACCUCUGGUAGACUUUCUGUCACUCACACUUAUUUUUAGCCUGAACACACACCUCCCUUUUAAUCCUUGUCCUAUCAGCCCUUGCACAAAAGGCUUUUACAUCUUUGCCUUCUCUCCAGUUCUGAUGAAAGGUCACAGACCUGUAACAGACCCUUUUUCUCUUUCUACACAAUGCUUGCUGACCUAUUGUGUCAUUCCCCAGCAUUUGCUGUACCCAUCCAUCUUUUUGGGUUUGAUUAGUUAAACAUGGACUGCCAUCACCACCUGGAGUCCUAAUGAUGUAACUGCAGGAGAGGAUCCCAGUCUUAACUAUAAGAGCUGUGGGUACUGAAUAUUUAAAACAAAAACAGAAGUUGCUGGCGAAACUCACUCGGUCUGGCAGCAUCUGCAGACACAGAAACAAAGUUAACGUUUUGAACCUGGUGACCCCAGAUGCUGCCAGACCUGGUGAGCUUCUCCAACAAUUUCUGUUAUUGUUCCUCCUUUAAAUAUCCCUGAUUAUCAACAUCACUGUCAUAGGAAGACCACUCCCUUGUAUUUAUCCAUUUUAUUCUCCGAAUCCACCAAGUCACUCAUUCAUGCCAUUUUCAAAAACUCAAUACCUGAAUUCUAGCACCAAGGCUAUGUAUGUGUGGGUGGCAUUGAUUAUAUUGACUAUGGCAUGGACCAGAGCAAGUGGCUUUGUUUACCUUUACAAUAUGGCGAAUAACACACCUUGAGUCAACUUACCUUGAACUGUUCUGCAAAAGGUGGAAUGAUGGCAUUCACAACAACUCAAAAUAGGAUCCACAUACACUUGUGGGCCUGAAACCCCUCUAAUUCGAACGUCCCUCAUUUGUGUGGAUUUGUAUUCAACUCAG